CUCGGCCACCUCGGCCACCGGCCCGCGGCUGUCGCCCGGGGGUCGCCCGCGGCCCCGCGGCCCUUCCGCUCCCGCCCGCCCCCGCCCACCCCGGCCCUCCCCGGCCGCUGCUCCCCGGCGGAGGCAAGAGGUGGUUGGGGGGGACCAUGGCUGACGUUUUCCCCGCCAACGACUCCACGGCGUCUCAGGACGUGGCCAACCGCUUCGCCCGCAAAGGGGCGCUGAGGCAGAAGAACGUGCACGAGGUGAAGGACCACAAAUUCAUCGCGCGCUUCUUCAAGCAGCCCACCUUCUGCAGCCACUGCACCGACUUCAUCUGGGGGUUUGGGAAACAAGGCUUCCAGUGCCAAGUUUGCUGUUUUGUGGUUCACAAGAGAUGCCAUGAAUUUGUUACUUUUUCAUGUCCGGGUGCAGAUAAGGGACCCGACACUGAUGACCCCAGGAGCAAGCACAAGUUCAAGAUCCAUACUUACGGAAGUCCCACCUUCUGCGAUCACUGUGGGUCACUGCUGUAUGGACUCAUCCACCAAGGGAUGAAAUGUGACACCUGCGACAUGAAUGUUCACAAGCAAUGUGUCAUAAAUGUCCCCAGCCUCUGUGGGAUGGAUCAUACAGAGAAGAGAGGCCGGAUUUACCUGAAGGCUGAGGUCACCGAUGAGAAGCUCCAUGUCACAGUUCGAGAUGCAAAAAACCUAAUCCCUAUGGAUCCAAAUGGGCUUUCAGAUCCCUAUGUGAAGCUGAAACUUAUUCCUGACCCCAAGAAUGAAAGCAAACAGAAAACCAAAACCAUCCGCUCUACAUUAAACCCCCAGUGGAACGAGUCCUUCACAUUCAAAUUAAAACCUGCAGACAAAGACCGACGACUCUCCGUAGAAAUCUGGGAUUGGGAUCGGACAACAAGGAACGACUUCAUGGGAUCCCUUUCCUUUGGUGUUUCGGAGCUGAUGAAGAUGCCAGCCAGUGGGUGGUACAAGUUGCUUAACCAAGAAGAAGGUGAAUACUACAAUGUUCCCAUCCCAGAAGGGGAUGAAGAAGGCAACGUGGAGCUCAGGCAGAAAUUUGAGAAAGCCAAGCUUGGCCCUGCUGGUAACAAAGUGAUCAGCCCCUCAGAAGAUAGGAAACAGCCUUCCAACAACCUCGACAGGGUGAACCUCACCGACUUCAAUUUCCUCAUGGUGCUGGGGAAGGGGAGUUUUGGGAAGGUGAUGCUGGCUGACAGAAAGGGAACAGAAGAACUGUAUGCUAUCAAAAUCCUGAAGAAGGAUGUAGUGAUUCAGGAUGAUGAUGUAGAGUGCACCAUGGUGGAAAAGCGGGUCCUGGCCCUGCUCGACAAGCCCCCAUUCCUGACUCAGCUGCACUCCUGCUUCCAGACCGUGGACCGGCUGUACUUUGUCAUGGAAUAUGUCAAUGGCGGAGACCUCAUGUACCACAUUCAACAAGUAGGAAAAUUUAAGGAGCCACAAGCAGUAUUCUAUGCAGCAGAGAUUUCCAUUGGAUUGUUCUUUCUGCAUAAAAGAGGGAUAAUUUACAGGGAUCUGAAGCUAGAUAAUGUCAUGCUGGAUUCAGAAGGACAUAUCAAAAUCGCUGACUUUGGGAUGUGCAAGGAACACAUGAUGGAUGGAGUCACAACCAGAACCUUCUGUGGGACUCCUGAUUACAUCGCCCCAGAGAUAAUUGCUUACCAGCCAUAUGGAAAAUCUGUGGACUGGUGGGCAUACGGUGUCCUGUUGUAUGAAAUGCUGGCUGGCCAGCCACCAUUUGAUGGUGAAGAUGAAGAUGAACUGUUUCAGUCUAUAAUGGAGCACAACGUUUCCUAUCCCAAGUCCUUGUCCAAGGAGGCCGUUUCCAUCUGCAAAGGACUGAUGACCAAGCACCCAGCCAAACGGCUGGGCUGUGGGCCUGAGGGAGAGAGGGACGUGAGAGAACAUGCUUUCUUCCGGAGGAUCGACUGGGAAAAACUGGAGAACAGGGAGAUCCAGCCUCCGUUCAAGCCCAAAGUGUGUGGCAAAGGAGCAGAAAACUUUGACAAAUUCUUCACACGAGGGCAGCCUGUCUUAACACCGCCAGAUCAGCUGGUCAUUGCUAACAUAGACCAAUCUGAUUUUGAAGGGUUCUCGUAUGUCAACCCCCAGUUUGUGCACCCUAUUUUGCAGAGUGCAGUAUGAAACUCACCAAUGAAAGCAAACGCCUCCUUAACCCUCAGCCUCCCCAUCAGUGGGAAAUGAUCCUUGACCCUAGCAUUUUUAAGGCCAUGGCCUUAUGUCUUACUCCACAUGAAGGCCUGAAAAUUGUAGGGUAAUUAGUCCACUUGUGAUCAACUUUUCAGGGUCUCUCUCUUACAACCAAGAACAUUAUCUUAGUGGAAGAUGGCAUAAUGUACAGUGUCCAAUCUAAUUAUGUAGAUGUCACAUUUGGCUAUAUACCUUUCCUAGAAAAUGAAGAGACUCUUAUCCCCUUUUUGGUACGAUUUGAUAUAUUCUCUAUCUGUGGAUUUUCACCAUCAGGCUCCCCAAACCAGAGAUGUUGAAGUGAACCUGCCCUUGUCCAAUGUACUGGAAACAUCUUCAACCCAUAAAACUUUUGGAAUGAAAGAAUGGGGAGCCCAGAGCAUGAGCAAAGAGGGAUUGGGGAUGGCAAAGGCUUCAAGAUACCUACUGCUUCUGUUCUUUGUGUUGAUGGAAAGUCCAGAGAAUCUGAGACCAGAAUGGACCUAAUCACUGUUCUCAAAUAUCAUAAUGAAAAAAAAAACAAGAGAACUUCAGAUGAGUGUUGUUGGGUGACACUAUCAUCUGUUACCCUAUCUGGUUGAAAACUGUCUCAAUAUUUGCAUUCUUCUUAAGAGGCCAAAUCAUCUAAGGACUUUUCUAAAUGAAUCAGUGAAAUCAUUUCAGAACAAGGAGAACCCAGUGUGUAUGUAUGUUCAUUUUAAUCUCUGGGAGAUUAUUCUUCGAUCCAGGGUGCCAUUAGUAAUCAUGCCACCACCCAUGAGUGUCGUUAGCCAACCCCCAUCCCCACACACAAUAAUAUUUUGCUACCUAUGUUGUUCCCCUUUCUAAGAAGCUGAAAUGUAUGUCCCCAUCCCCUUUUGUACUUAUUUAUUUAAUAAGCUGAAGUGUCGUUUAUGAAAGUACAAUGUACAGUAACUUAAAGCAUUGACUCUAGCAUCUGUCCCCAUUGGUUAAUUUGCUUUCUUUCUCUAGCCCUUGAUAUCCACUUAGAGAUGAAAAACAAUACAGUGUGGUUCCCACUCCCAGCUCCUGUUGAAAGACACAUUUGGAGCUAUAGACUUGAGACACUUGGAUGCUCAUCAGCUCAAAGAUGUUUUCUUGCUAGAAGGAUCUUAAUAUGUUUUGCAAAUGCAUCAUGCAAUGGAUUUUGCAUGUUUAUAAUAAACCUUAAUAACAAGUGAAUCUAUAUUAUUGAUAUAAUUAUAUCAAAUAUAAAGAGUAUUAUAAUAAUUUUAUAAGACACACUUGUGCUAUAUUUGUGAUGGUUCAUGUUUCCAAUCUACUAUUAUGAUUAAGUUUUAGCUUAAUAUUUGCUGCUGUGCAUUCUCUUCCCCUCCUCACAGCACUGUAUCAGAUAUAUUAAUUUUUUAAUGUAGAUCUAAUUUCAAAAAUGAAUGACUAUUUUACAUGUUUAAUUAGGCUUUUACUACAUAUGUGUAUAUGUGUGUGUAUAUGUGUAUAUAUAUAUAUAUUUGAUUCUACCUGCAAACCCAAAUUUUGUUUGUGGGAAUUAUUUUUGAGAUGAUACUCUUAGUUUCUUAAUGUUAUUCUCCAUUACUCUUCCUCCUGGAGAUUCUAAUAUGCCUGGUAACAUGUAUUAUUACAGCACCUAGGCUGGGGAGGAGGGGAGAGAGAGAGUUGUUCUUUCAGCCUGUGACUGUUGGUGAGUCUGUCUGGAAGAAAGGAACUGGAGGGAAUCCUCUUCUCAUUAUGUGUACUUGAACACAGCAGAAGCACACAAUUCAUCAUUCUGUCCCACUGUUUGCUCCAGCACAUUUCACAAGACACCCUGUAUGUCAGUCCCUGAACAUAGCCAUUCUCUAUAGAACCCAUAGCCUCUUCAUAGUCUUAAUAUCUCCUUCUAGCUGUCACUAAAAUUGGCCAUACCAGUCUUGUGAUGAGCACUAAUUUGGCACCCCCUUCCCAGAGCAGGGUCCUAGGAGGAGCCAGGCCUCCUAAUGAAAAGUGACUAUCUGUCCUUCUAGAAAGCUGCUUUGUUCCCUUCCCCAAAGCACCUCCAAGUCAAGUUCUUCUUAGUGUCACCACUGAGCUGUUUGCCUGAAGUUCACAUAACAUACAACCAUCAAGGGUCAUUGAGGCAAGAGACACAGAUGGUAUUGGAAGGUGAAGUAGGGAAUGAGCCAGACUAGAUUAGAGUGUUUUUUCUGACAUAUUUGAUGGACUAUAGGCUUCUAAAUUCAAAGAGUUAAUUUAUUGAUUGCUCAAGAGCUGCUCGUCAGAGCACAUUCUGGGGAUAUGUCAACAUCAGAACACCACAUUUGGGGGGACAGUAAAGAAACUGGCUUAUAGAAUGAACCUAGGAGACAAAUGGGCUAGUCUCUUGCCCCCUGAUAAACAAGCAACAGGGCUGAUCCCCAGCCAAGGAGCAAGGUGAGCAAAAUCCUAGAAGAUCACCUGUGUUUGUGGACCAUUUGUCCCAGUAUGUCCAGCUGCGUGCUUGUUUCAAGCAAGCAGCAGUCUCGGGUUUUGUACUGGUUUGGGAGAGGGGGCUGACAGCCAACAUAGAGUUCUAAGUUACUAGGAAAUAAAUUCUACCUCUCAACUGGCUUAUCCUUAGAGAAUGUGAAACAAAUUUUCAACGAAAUGACCCCGACAUGGAGCCAUCACUCUUCACGAGGAACAGCAGACUCAGGAUAGACUAUGGGGGAGGAAAUGGCUAAAAAAUGAAGUCCUCAAGAAGUGUUCAUGAUGUAGCCUAUUUUGCACAUUGCUGACCAUGAAAUUUAGACUAAGGCUGAAAAUUUAAAGAUCUGCCAGUUACUGCUGAAUGGCCAACUUAUGUGUAUUACCAUUAUCCACACAAUCAAUUGACAACAUUCUAUACCACUGCCCCAACUCCACAGGCCUGGUGAGAAAUGGAGUGGCUGGGAAAGGACUUCUGCUUGAAUUUUCAGCAACUGUGUUGGAGGCUAGCAGCAGGAGAUUCAGCCUCAAAGGUUCAUUCCCUGGGAAACGAUAGGAAUACCUGCUCCUGACCACUGCCUGCAUCACUAGAGCCUGUGGAGGAGGCUCUCACACAAUCUGAGUCUCCACAGGACCCCUUGGGCUGUGACCCAGAAAGACCAUUCAAAUUGCUUUGUGUUAUUUUCCACUGGAAGAUGGCCAGUGCUCAGCUGCAGAGCCUCCCUCCAUGGCUACAGGCCAAUAGGCUGACAGCUCUGCUUGGGGCACUCCAUCUAGAGAUGUCCUGUGCUUGAUUUGAAUGGAAGUUGAUUAAUUGUGCUGCCAUGUGCAGUGCUCAAGAGGUUAAUGGGAGACCCACCCCAGGCAGGAACUAUUGUAGAAGGUAGAUGGGAAACCCUAGGAACCAAGAUGAUUGAUCCUCUAUACAUCCAACUUGGAGUCCUCCGGCCUAGCUGUAGUUAAUGCUGAAUCACAUCCUGCCUUUCUUAAUAAAAUGUAUUAGACUUUAUUUGUGAAUUUCAGUAGAAAAUUCGGGAUGGUCAAGAGCUCUCUAGAAGCUUAGCCUGAAAAUAUUGGUGGAUGAACACUACCUGGCCAAGGAUUGUAGGUCACUUCUGUAAACUGAAGUCCAUAGCUGAUGCUGGUGACUUGCUGGUUGAGAGUAGUAUCCUCAUAAGAGCCACUCAUUGCCAAGAAGAGAGAGGUGAGUGGAGGCUGAAGUCAGGCAGGAUAGAGAAAAGUAGGAUUUUGUUGCCUUGGGAGGGAUUUAGCAGGAGGCUGCGGCAUUUCAGAAGCUUUGCAUUGGAGGUCGUUGAUACCAAUGGAAGGCACCAUCUGCUGGUCUUCAAGAAAGUGUCUUUUGCCAGGGACACAGUCUGCUGCUCCUCAGAAGAUACCCACCGAAGACCAACAACAGUUGUCAGCUUCUCAGCAACUUUGAGAAGCCCUUUUCCUCUCUAACUUCAAAUGGCUCACAGUUAUCUGGGAAAAGCCAGACCAUCCACCAAACCCUGGAAGGCAGAAGGUUCCACUCUUUUCUCUCUCUGGCCUUCUGCUGAGAAUUAUGGCAACAGAGGAUGGAUGGAUGGAUAGAGGGAUGGAUGGAUGGAGGGAUGGAU